UUAAAAUGGUAGAGCCCAAGACUUUUAAGUCUCCACCUGAGAGUUGAAGAAGCUAUAUAGCUCCUCUGCCUGUCUCUGCUUGCUAUUGCUGUCUUGUAUUGCAAAUCUGCAUUCAUCAUCUCCUUCUCCUUCUAUCUACGAAAGAAGCUCUGUGCCUGGUUACACAAGGAAACUAAGAUGGCAGUAGAAUCUGUGCUUACUUUUGCGGCCGAGGGAAUACUGACGAAGCUGACUGACCUUGCUGCUCAAGAAUUCCGUAUGGCCUGGGGAUUCAAAGCUGAACUAAGGAAGCUCAGUCAAUCCUUACCCAUCCUUCAAGAUUUCUUAGGAGAUGCUGCUGAGAAGGCAAAAGACGGGGGCAAGGCAGUGGAAGAUUGGGUGAAGAAACUUAAAGACAUAGCUGAUGAGGCUGAUGAUGUCUUGGAAGAAAUCAACUAUGACUUUCUCCGGAGACGAGUAGAACUGCAAAACCAAAUGGGAAAAAAGGUGCUCAACUUACUUUCUGCCUCCAAUCCCAUUUUGUUUCGACAAAAAAUGGCACACAGAAUUAGAAAAAUCUGCGCUUCUCUGGCGGAGCUCAAGAAUGAAGCAGCUUUCAUUGGGUUAGUUGCAAAGAAAAAAGAUCCAACCUCUCAAAGAAUUAGGGAGGACAGAGAAACCAACGCAUUCAUUGGUAAAGAUGAAAUCAUCAUUGGAAGGAAUGCGGUUGUGUCAGAUAUAGUUACAACAUUGACCGACUCCAAUACUAAUGAACAAAAUCUGUCGGUUAUGGCAAUUGCGGGAAUGCCAGGACUGGGAAAGACAACUUUGGCCAAGUCAGUGUACAAUGAAGGUGCUAUCGAUGAGUAUUUCAACAAAAAAUUGUGGGUGUGUGUAUCAAACACUUUCAACGUCAAUUCAAUUUUAGCUGCGAUGUUAGAAUUACUCUCAGGAAAGGUAGCGACGACAAGUCAGCAAGCAUUGCUUACAGACCUCCAAGAAAAGUUGAAAGAGAAAAAAUACUUGCUGGUACUUGAUGAUGUUUGGAAUGAAGAUUCGGAGAAAUGGGAACGUUUGAUGAGCUGUUUGUCAAAGUUGAAUUCUGCUCCAGGAAGCAAAAUUAUUGUCACUACCCGCAGUGGCAAAGUAGCAUCAAUCACAGAAACACUUCCGCGGCCUAAAUUGGAACUUCUAUCAACAGAUGAAUGCUGGUCCAUAUUGAAACAUGCAGCUUGCUCAGAUGGUAGUUCUGAUAUACCUCUUGGUGUAGAGAGAAUUGGUUGGGAAAUUGCUAAAAAUUGUGAAGGUCUACCAUUGAUGGCAAAGGUUUUGGGAGGCAUACUUCGUUCUAAAAAUAGUACUGAUGAAUGGUUGUCAAUUCAAGAAAGUAAAAUAUGGGCAUUACCAGAAGGCGAGGAUAGAAUCAUGUCUGUUUUGAGAUUGAGUUUUGAUAAUUUGAAAUCAGCACCUUUAAAACAUUGUUUUGCAUAUUGCUCAAUAUUUAUGAAAGAUUUUGAAAUUGAAAGGGAGAACUUGGUCCAACUCUGGAUGGCUGAAGGAUUGCUCCGCUCUUUAAGUAAUCAAGAGAUGGAAGAUAUAGGGAAUGAAUAUUUUAAUAUUCUAUUGCAAAACUCCUUUUUUCAAGAUGUUACAAUGGAUAAAGAUGGAGUUGUUAUCACAUGCAAGAUGCACGAUCUUGUGCAUGAUCUUGCAGAACUAGUGUCAAAAUCUGUUGGGAAAUUGCGGUCCCUAUUUUCAAAUGGUGAAGACCUUAGCAAUAGCUUGUCAACUUUUAAUGCUCUACGUGUAUUGAAUUUAUAUGAGGCUAAAAUUGAGGAGUUGCCAAGUUCAAUUGGCAGGUUGAAAUACUUAAGGUAUUUGGAUGUUUCUGGAACAAUAAUCGAAGAACUUCCAAAAUUUAUUGGCAAGCUUUAUAAUCUGCAGACGUUAAGAAUGUGUCGUACAUGGAAUCUUGUAAGGUUUCCAAAGGAAAUGGAAAAUUUGAUCAACUUGAGGCAUGUUUAUUUCGACAAGGAUAAGGAAGUUCCAUUUGGGAUGAGACGAUUGACUCAUCUGCAAACAUUACGUUACUUUAAUUUGGAUAAGGAAAGGAAUCAUGGAAUUGACGAGCUGGGUGGCUUAAACCAAUUAAAAGGUGAACUAACUAUCUCAUCUUUGGAACAUGUGAAAGACAAAGACGAAGCGAAGAAAUCAAAUUUAGCAGGGAAAGCAAAUAUACGAAAGUUGACAUUAGCAUGGGGGUAUGACUGGGAGAGAAACAACAAGGAGAGUGAUGUUGAUGUACUGGAAGGCCUCCAACCGAACCCAGAGUUAGAAAUCUUAAAGAUUAAAAACUUCAUGGGUGGUAAAUUAGCAUCAUGGAUGAUGAGUCUACUCAAUUUGAAAGUGAUCCGGUUAUCUUACUGCAAGGAAUGUGAAGAAGUCCCUCCACUCGGCCAUUUGCCAAAUCUUAGGCAUGUUAAAUUUGAACAUAUGGAUAAGCUUAAAUGUGUGGGAGGUGAGUUUUAUGGUGCGGCUUUGUUUCCAUCAUUGAAAACGUUAGUUUUUGAUUAUUGCCCAGCUCUAAUUGAAUGGAAGGAAGCGGCGUUUCCAUCUCUCCAGAAGUUGACACUUUUGAAUUGCAAGGAAUUGAGAAAUGCUCCAAGUCGUUUUCCAUCUCUCCAGAAGUUGGAGAUACGUAAUAUUGACCAGGUCAUGGCAAUAGAAAAUAUAUGUAGUCAACUAACCACUCUCACUCACCUCGAAAUUCGUGGAGCCACAGAGCUUACUUGUCUGCCAGUAGGGAUGCUGGAAAACAACCACAAUCUUCGGGUGCUGCAUAUUGAGGAUUGCAAUAAGCUUAGCCAUUUACCUGAUGAGCUACACGCACUCCGUCUUCUUGAGGGGUUAACUCUAAAGAAUUGUCCUAGUCUAGAGUUCAUUCCAAUUACCACCCAGAGCCAGAGCAUGCCAUGUCUCCGCAAAUUGUGGAUUGGGAAUUGUGAGAAAUUAUCAAGCUGCCUGAGUGGGUUGGAAUAUUGCACCUCUCUUCAGGAAUUGCAUAUUGAAAAUUGUCAAAAUUUGAGGCAUUUACCGGUUGAUGGGCUACAGACCCUUGUUUCUCUUGAAGAGUUGACUCUAAUUGAGUGUACUAGUCUAGAGUUCAUUCCAAUUACCACCCAGAGCCAGAGCAUGCCAUGUCUCCGCAAAUUGUGGAUUGAGAAUUGUGAGAAAUUAUCAAGCUGCCCGAGUGGGUUGGAAUAUUGCACCUCUCUUCGGGAAUUGCGUAUUAAAAAUUGUCAAAAUUUGAGGCAUUUACCGGUUAAUGGGCUACAGACCCUCGUCUCUCUUCAGGAGUUGACUUUAAUUGAUUGUUCUAGUCUAGAGUUCAUUACAAUUACCACCCAGAGCCAGGGCAUGCCAUGUCUUCACAAAUUGAAGAUUGAAAAUUGUGAGAAAUUAUCAAGCUGGCCGAGUUUAGACAACCUCACAUCCCUCCAUGAUGUGUCUAUUUGUGGUUGUGAUGGACUCACAAGUCUACCGAGGGGGCUACAAUCCUGCACAUCUCUUAACCGCUUGACAAUCAGGGAAUGCCCCAAUUUGAUCUCUCUGGCAGAUGUCGAUGAUAUAUCCAGAUUGCACUCUCUUUCCAGUUUAGAAAUAGCUGAUUGUCAGAAAUUAAAAUAUUUGCCAACGGGGCUACGCUCUCUGACGAGUUUGGAAUAUUUGUCAAUCGGUGGGUUUUGGGAAGAGCUCGAUUCUUUCCCUGAUUUUGAGCUACCAUCACAAAUCCGAUGGUUAAAUAUCUCAGGGUGGCCUAAGCUCAAGUCUCUGCCUCAACAAAUUCAACACUUUACUACUUGUUUAGAAGAUUUGAUAAUAGAUUCUUUCGACAGCAUGGAGGCUCUUCCAGAGUGGUUGGGUAACCUUACAUCUCUUAUCUACCUGAAUAUGUGGGAUUGUAAGAAUCUGAUGUAUCUGCCUACCGUUGAAGUUAUGCAACGCCUCACCAAAUUAAAAACGCUAGUGAUUAGUGGAUGUCGCCUUCUGGCGGAAAGAUGUGCCAAGGUGGCACAAGAUUUCUCACAUCCCAGAACUAUAUGUUGACGGAGUUUACCUUAGUAAAGAAUUGGAAUCUUCAAGUGAUGAUUCGACUCACUCAAAGCCUCACCAAACUAGCACAGUACUCAACUGUUCAUGUUUUUCAUGAAUGCGCCUUCGGGGAGUAGCUGCAACUUUCACAUUGAAGCACAAAAAGGCUUUUACUCGAAUCUGAAGAACAAGUGCUGAGAAACAUUAGGUGAAAACUUUUUCCAUCCAGUUUGUUGGUUUUCAGAAGGAUCUUACUCAAUUGGAAGAACAAGUGAUGCGCAAAAGGUGCAAACUUAGUGCAGGUACUUCAGUUCAGUUCCCAUUCCCCUGCAUCACUAUUUAUUCAUUUCUUUGGAGAUAAAUGCUGGAAGGAAAAAAGAUUUGGGGCUAGCAUCCAUUUGAAGUGUAAACAGUCCUUAGAAGUUGUUUAUAAAAAUUUGAUGAACUGGAGGGUUUACUGGAGUGAUGAGGCAACCUUGAAGCUUUCAGUGAACUAUCUAUUUGUAUAUGUGAGAAUCUGAAGAAUCUACCAGCAGUGGAAGCUCUGAAAAUUUCCCCAAAAUGAAAAGAUGCACCGAGGAGAGCCAGUCAUGUGCAAGGAGAUACAUGGCAUAGUGCAGCCAAUGGUGUUUUUCAUAAUGCAGGUUUCAGCUAUAUAUAUGGCAUCUCAGUUGUUGAAGGCAGAGUCGAGAUUGAAGAAGAAACUCAUGCAUGCGAUGUGCUUGUGAUCUAGAACUUAUUGUUUUGGACAAUAUGAUUUGGGGCUAGCAUCCAUUUGAAGUGUAGACAGUCCUUAGAAGUUGUUUUUAACAAUUUGAUGAACUGGAGGAUCUACUCGAGUGAUGAAGGAACCUUGCAGUAGUUGAUGAACUAUCUAUUUGUACGUGUGAGAAUCUGAAGUAUCUACCUGCAGUGGAUAAGGUCCGAAAUUAUCGCCAAAACAAAAAGAUGCACUGAGGAGAGCUGCCCUAGUGGCAAAGGUUUUAAUAAUCCUCUCCUUUCCAAGCAAGGACGAUAGUGCAAACAGUACUAAUCAUUUGGCUUGGGUGACUCGGCAAAUGUGAAUGAGAAUCAAGUGGAAUGUUGCUCUUCUUCACUCUCCCUGUGGGUGUCUGUCUUCAUAAUGCUAAAAAAGUCAGCAUUCAAGAAGAAAUUCAUGAAUGCGCUAUGAGUGCCACUUCCAUGCAUGUUUUUGUCUCACGAAAUUUUAAUUUGCACAAAUUGGGAAACUUCUUAUGGUGCACCAUAAUUGGAAGACACUUUUUACUUGGAGGGCGUUUAUCAUGAAGAAAGCUCCUCCUAAUGAAGUCCUAAGACCUAUCUCUUACAAAUAAGAUAGUUUAAGUCUUUUUAAAGCACGAAUGAUAGCAGAAGUUAAUAAAAAAAAGCUUGUGAGUUUAGAAUGUAUUUGGGGUUCUUUGUUGAGAAAUGAGUUGAGAGAUAAAUUUCGAGUGAUUUUAAGAACUUUCCUUGUCGUUGUAACGAUCUUCUUUUCUUUUGAUUUAGUGGAUUAUGAACUCAAUCGGCCGUGGCCGUAGACCAAUUAUGGUGGACCACGUUCAUUUUUGAGUUUAUAUCUGCUUUUGUCUCCCUCUCUUACUUUUCCUGCAUUUGGUUUGCAACAAUGGACUAGAGAGCCAAAGGCCACAAAUUCGUUCCCAUUUGCCGUCCUAUUGACCACUUCAAGACAGAUUGAUCUUAAGAAGAUCAUUACGUGGAGCAACAGUCUGAGGGAGCUCAUCUGGCUAAAACAAAGUCUGAGAGAAGAAAUGGUUCUAAUAUUUGUGAAUCUUCCUUUGAUUGUAUUACGGUUGAAUGUUCCAUUAUGAGAGAAGUGCGAUAUUUGGUGCACUGAUCUUUCUUUGUUGAACUUUCUUUGUUCUUGGAUGUUUAGGGCCGCUUCCACACCCUUGUCUUCAAUCAAUUGUUUGACCUGACUUUAUUACAAUUAUUAUGAAUACAUAUUAUUUUAAAGUGUUAA